CACAGUUGUAGUCAUUCGAUCUAUUACCGCGAAUAGGUUCAUACAGUCAAUCUACGGCCCUGAUUUGAAUUGACUCAUUCGCGUGUUUUAUUUGACAUUGGCGACAACCAGCAAUCGUUGACGUACGUACAAGUUUCAAGGAAGCAGUGAAUCGAGCAAAAUGACUCUGGAAGAAUAUAAAGAAAUUGUAGGAUCGUGUGCCAUGUAUAUCACGAUGUUACAAAUGUUAGCCGGAAUAAUCAUAUGUAAAAACAUAUAUCAACAAGGUACAUCGAAAGGUGUUGACCCAAUGCCUUUUCUUGGUGGUAUAGGACUAUGUAUAUUGAUGCUUCGAUAUGCAUGGAUAUUGGAUGAUUCUGCAAUGAUAAAUGUUAAUAUAUUUGGCGUUGUAACAAAUACAAUAUAUAUGGCAGUAUAUUACUAUUAUGCUUCAAACACAAAAAAUGUACUCAAUCUAAUAGGGAAGGCAACAGUUUUUAUUGUAAUCUUCCUUAUAUAUGCGCAAGUAGAACAUCCAUCAAAUGUUGAAUUUAGAUUUGGCAUAGUGGUUACCGUAUUGCUCUUUCUUUUAAUUGCAGCUCCUCUUAUACAUCUUAGGGAAAUUAUAAAAACGAAGAAUACAGAAAUACUUCCAUUUCCGCUUAUCCUUAUGGGUACUUUAGUUUCUUUCAGCUGGCUAUUGUACGGUCUUAUCAUUGACAAUGCUUUCGUUAUCUUCCAGAACGUAGUUGGUUUUACGCUUAGUAUAGCUCAACUAUCUCUUUUUGUGAUAUUUCCAUCGAAAAAAACACAGGAUAGAUUGUUGAGCGAACAAAGAAAGAAAGAUUAAAACAAUUCUCCAAAGAAGACAUAUUUGUUAUAAAUUUUAAGAUAUUCUCUUAUAAAACUGCAACGAUUUUAUUAGUGGCUGUAUAUAGGCUGUGUUCGGAUACAUCACACCGAGAGUAAAAUGAUAUUUAAUUGUCUAAUUAGGAAAAAUAUUAAGAUUUCUUUAUCUUGAUUAGUCAAUUAAAUGCCACUCUAGCCUCAGUAUGUAUUCUCGCAUGUAUAUUCAGUAUAUAUUCUCGCGGUCAUGUAGCUGCUCUCUUUGUUGUUAUGAAUUAAGUAAUAAUAUAUAAUACUGAGACAUUCCCAUGUAAAACUUAGAAUAAAAAGUUGAAAAUGUAUUAUGCAUGUAAUAUAAUAUAUUUAUAUGUAUAAUUAUAAAUAUAAUUUAAAUUUAACGUAUCAUAUUGGUACGACUGAUACUUGCCAUUUUGUCCGUAAGGUAUGCAAAGUUUCAUUCCUCUACUGUUUACAUAUUAUAGAAUAAACAAGGCGAAUUUUGUCAAUAUAAAUAAAAAAAUAGAAAAGCAGUAGCCAAUCAGAAUUCGCGCUGGUAGAUAAAAUAGUAGAUAAAGCAGAAACUGUCGACUACCAACGCGAGUUUUGAUUAGCUGCUGCUUUUCUGCUUUUCACUCAAGGUGUGAAUUCUCCUUCAAAAAAG